AAGUUGCUGAAAAUUAAUAAAACUUUUGAUAUUUUUGUUUAAUCUGCAUCUUUUUUAACACGGCGCGGCUAUUAUUUCUCGCAUAAGCAUAAUUAGCACGUUUUACAGCAUAUCAGCUGACUGCUCCUAGACUAAUGCUGGAAGAUGUCGAUUAUCAAGGAAAAACCCACUGUCUGGGAUGUAGCACCAAUACAUUUGAUGAUGGGGGGGAGGGGGGGGGGGUCAACUUUUGCAAGAAUUUUCAUGAACAUGGACUGAGAUCAAAAGAUGUCUUGACUCAUGUGCAAUACCCGAAAAAACCAGCAAAAUUAUCAGGAAAAACAGGAAUAUAAAAUACUUUAUGUAAAACUGUCAAUCUAUAAGGUUGUUGAACGACCUAUCUACUUACAGAUGUAGACGUACAGUGCAGUACGUGUAACGCCCGUAAGUGAGCGGAUCAAAGGAUCUAAUUUUAAUUAAAUUGUUAAACUCCUCGCUUUGUACAUUUUUAUUUGUAUAUAAAUAAACAUAUAUGGGUAAGAAUGGGUUGUCUUGACUACAUAAGAGUACAAGACCGUCAGUCUAUAUAUUACACGGAGUUACAAUCUUUCUUUCUUUUUUCCUGAAAUAUACAUUUCUAAUAAAGCAUCUUUUGCAAUUGUGCAUCUUCAAUAUUUUCAAGAUCCAACAUAUCAGCCCAAUAUGGAAACUUAAUCACACCUGUUAGUGUAGGUAUUAUAUUAUAUUAUUAUAUGAUUGAAUAAUUCCUAGCUCUCUAAUUGGCUGAGAUCUAACAAUGUAGAAGUCAUACUACGUUAUGUUUACCUGUACGUGACCUUCCAGGUGAAUAUAAGGAAUUAUUUUUUUCACAUAGGACCAAAAUAGACCUUCCAGGUGAACAUAAGGAAUUAUCUUUUCCACAUAGGACCAAAAAUAGGUAGUUGAAACUUUCAAUUAAAGAUCAAGAUGAGUAACUGCGUCUUUCUUGUCAAAUCGUGUAGUUUGAUUCAGUAAAUAUUUUAUAACAUUUUUGUUGUUGUUAAUGAUUUUGUAUAUGUAAAUCUGUUCUUUUUUUAUUGAAUAUCACUAAUGACUUUAUGAUUUUAUUGUUAAAAAAUACCGUAAUAUUAUUCUCAUAAAAUGAAAAAAAAAAUGUGCGAUAAUUUUACGCUUUUCUUUCACAUACCAGGCCUAGUCCUAAACCAUUAUUCUCAAAUAAAAUGUAUUAAAUCGCCUCAUAAUCACGAAGGGUUAGUAUGCCGAAGAAAGGCAAAUGUUAUGAAUAUGUAACAAUAUCGUAUUGAACGUUAAGAAUUUUGAAACGGACAAUAAAGACUUGCCUAUAGUGAACGCAUUUGAUUGGUUGGAGGGCGACCGCUUUUUGCCCAUCAUGUUUACAAAGUUCCAUGUCCACGUGAAAGGUGGAUGUUUUCGUAGGUUCAUAUAUAAACAAACGGCCUUCGGAAUUCAUUAAACGUCUGAAACACGAAGAAGCAACUUUGGAUGAUAUAAACUGAGAAUAUUUUUCUGUGAAAUAGAAAGGUAAGCCGCAUUUUAAAAUUAAAUCUUAAUUUAACUAGAUUAGGAAGUUAUUUAGGAACUUAAUCGAGCUACCAUUAAAUAUCUGCAGCUAGGGCUAUUUAGUCUGAAGAGAUCUAAACGAGGGUUGAUUUUUUUAUGUGAAGAGAGAGAAACACACGGUGAUAUUCAUGCAUUUUAUUUCUGAUUAAACGUGUAGUUAGCAUCGAGCACGACACGGUGUGUAGACGUGGGCCUUUAGCAUUCAUUGACCGCGUGAGGUUACGCGACCUAUUUUCCUUGUAAACAGCUGUUCUCGGAGUGACCAGAUAGGGUCACGUUGUUAUCGGCGAUCGUUUAGGUUGACAAGUAUAUAAAUAUCUAUAUAUUUAUGUGGGAUUCCUUUAUAAGACAUUCAAUGAGUUAAACCUUGAAAAAAAUAGCCACAAACAUUGAUAAACAAAAGAGUCACACGCAUGCGCAUAUUGCAUAAUGACGAGUGCAUGAUCACAACAUGCACAAAUAAUGUUGUGAAAUGAGGUCAGUUCAUAUAGACAGAUGAAUCUCUGAACGAUACCUAGUUAUAUAUCGCACAGCAACCGGAAUUCAAUCAUGUUGGACAACGAAAUGUUGGUAGACAGACAUUCGGCCCACGACCUGUGUAGUCCGAUCGAGGCCUCCACAUCUAUGGUGAUGCCCAGUAUUCCCAAAGGGGGUGUUCUGGUCAGGGUUCAGUGCCUUGGCGCGUGCUCACCAGAAGGGCAAAUAAAGAGAAAGGAUUUGCACCCUAUACUGCCAGGCAUUGAAGUAGCUGGAGUUGUGCAGGACGUGUGCCCCUCAAUACCCAACAGGAACUUCAGCACCGGCGACAGGGUCAUUCUGUACCUCGAUGAAGACUUUGCGGAGACUGGCUACCAGGAAUACAUAGCUGUCGAUGACGUCGACAAAUGUCUUCAGAUCCCAGACUGCAUACCUAUAGAAGUGGCGGCAAUGUUGCCAGGAAGUGCUCUCUCGGCUUACAGCGCCGUCAUGAAAGCCAAGCUGCACAUACAGAAACUACAAGAGGUCAAAUCUGGAAUCAAUGUCUUGGUGGUCGGAGCUGGAGGAAUGGGACUUUGGGCGGUGCAGUUAGCCAAUUACAUGCUCUCACAAUUCAGUCAGACUAAUAUCAAAUUGUUUGUAUCGGACAAUAGCAUUGACAAACUACUAACUGCCCUUGACCAUAAUUGUUAUGACGUCAUCCACUGGAACGAGGAGGAUCACGAGCAGUACAUCGUAGAGAGAACGCUAGAAUCAUGCAAAGGUGGAGUGGAUGUAGUCAUUGAUUUUGUCAGCUCGCCAAGAACUGUUCACAGAACUCUCCGAGUCCUUAAUAGGGAGGGGUUGAUUUUAGUUGGAGGCAACACGAUGUCAGAGGUCUGCAUCAACUUAAAUGCCCUGGCAGCAAAACAACAAAGCAUUGUAGGAAUACCGAAGGGUACCCUCAAGCAGCUCCUGGAAUUAGUGGACCUAGUGGCUGAACAGAAGGUUAGUAUCGGAUCCCUUCACAUCGACUAUCAUGUGAUAUCGGUGAUCAAAUUUAAAAUUUUCGAUAAAAAUUUAUCCUUGCUAUAUAAUUCGAUCUACUUUGCUUUAUUUCAGGUUAAACCACCUGUGUUUUCAAUUCAUGACAUCACUGAUGCUAAUCAAGUCUUCGAAGACCUUUAUCAGAGUCGGAUAACGGGGAGAGCCAUUCUGAAGAUCAAUCAUUCACAAACAGUAGACAACUGAACUGUUUGUCAGACGGACAAACCAAAGCCAGCUUAAUGAUACAGAUUUCGAAGUAAUGUAGUGCUGACAUGCAAUACAUAGCGGUUUCCUCGAAUUCUGAGCUUUUCCCAUCAGUCCCGGGAGGACUGAAAUUCGGACAGCCACUUCCUCAUUCAAUCCAUGAUCUGCAAAGUAUAUGGUGCUCUGUGUAAAGCGCUUUGAGACUGAGAGAAUUUCGGUGACCACGUGACGAUCUGAAAUGACAGUCAGUUGAGGUGGACUUGUAGUACUGUUACUGCAAUGACGUGCCACUGGUGUUCAAUAAUUAAUCAUGAUAAAUACCAAUAUAGUCUGCCGGAGCGUCUUGACCUCGAUGACGGAACAUUCAUGUGCUUGACGUGUUCGUGGGCGACUUUAAAGGCCUACUAGUUAUUAAUUUAUUGUGUAGUCGUUGUCCUAUUUCCGUUGAGGCAUUAUUGGUAGCAUUUUAAAUGUGAUAUUGUGUGAGAACGAAGAUAAGCAUGAAAGUAGUUCAAGAUUGUUGUGAAAUAAUGUGAACAGCGUAUGCUUGUGUGAAAAUGAGAAAAUGUUAUUUGUUAUAGCAAGUUUGUCAUGUAUAAUUUUAUACAGUUAUUAAAAUUCAUGAAACUUUG